GGCGGCCAUUGCCGGCUGCCGCGCUGAGGAAAAGCUUCUCCUGCAACAGCGCGUGACGGAGCGGAGCACGAGCGCAAACGAGACCUCAUUAUUUCACCGCGGAGAGUGGCUUGAAAUUCCCGAGUGACGAAAAGGGGGAUUUAAGUGAACCGCUGAACGUGUUAUAAGCUUUGAAUCGAAGGUGCUUCGUCAGCUGACAGUAGAUACAGAUGGCGUCGCGGGAGCGCGGAGCAGUAGUCGCAGCCGGAGCUCCAGCUGAGAGAAGCCAGCCUGAGCUAAGGCUGGUUCUGCUAGGAAAGACUGGCUCGGGGAAGAGCUCCUCAGGAAACACCAUCCUGGGCAGAGAGGCGUUCAAAGUGGACAUCUCCCCCAGGUCUGUGACCAGCCAGUGCGAGAGGCAGAGUGGCAAAGUAGCAGGGAGGUGUGUCACUGUCAUCGACACCCCGGGCUUCUUCGACACCCAGCUCUCCAGUAGUGAGGUGGUGGAGGAGAUGUGCCAAUGCGUGAUUCUAUCCUCACCAGGACCUCACGCAUUUUUGGUGGCACUUCAAGUGGGGAGGUUCACCCAGGAAGAGAAAGAUGCCCUGGAGUGGAUUGAAAUGACAUUCGGGGAAAGGGCCUUGAUGUACACAAUAGUGCUGUUUACUUGGGGGGACCAGCUGAGGGGAAAAUCCAUCAUGGAGUUCUUGGAGGAGAGUCAGGAGCUCAAUGAGUUUACUCAACGCUGCCGGGGUGGGUAUCACAUUUUCAACAAUGCGGCACCAUGCAAGCAGGACCAGGUGAUGGAGCUGCUGGAGAAGGUAGAGCGGAUGGUGCUGGAGAAUGGGAAUAGCUGCUACACCAACCAUAUGCUCCAGGAGGCUGAGCAUGCAAUAAGGGAGGCUCAAGAGAGGAUCCUACAAGAGAGAAGCAAGGAGGUAUGCUUGCAAAAGGAUGAGGAUGAGGAUGAGGACAAGGUACAGAAGAACCAAGAAGGAGAUCUCGAGAGGGAGCUGGAGGACAGAAGAAAGGAGGAGGAGAAAGCCCGGAGGAAAGCGGAAAGACUGUUCUGGUGUGAACUGGUCACCGCCAUGGGGAAGGGGGCAGCUGAAGGGGCUGGAGUUAUUGGCAAGGGGAAGAGCCCCAAAAAAGCUAAGGUGGUGCAGCGUGCAGCCGCCCUCGCAGCUUCGCCCCUGUCCCUGACAUCAGCAGCCAAGGUGGUAGGAGGUGCUGUGAGGGAAGGCAGCAAGGUCCUUUACAAGCACCGCAAAAGCCUCCUGCGCUGAGUGGAGGGGUGUUGCAACACAGGAUAGGGUCUUUGCACAACAGUCCCCAUUAUCUUCAACACGACAAAUACAGCAAACUGUAUGCAUUUGGCAAAUUUUUCACCUUGUCACGGACACAGCAGGCACAGAACUUACCGAGGUAUGUGUGUUGGACACAUUCCAUUUUAAAAUCCUUGCUUACUACAGCAGCAGACCAUCAAGCUUUUUGAGAAAAAAAACACACCUUUUUUAUUCUGUUAAACAGCAAUUUCAGUGUCAAGAAGAAAUUUAUUCAAGUGGAAGAAAAGGUGAGAAUAGAUUGUGGGAAUUUAUAGGGGAAGAUUUAUGAAAAAUAUUUUAGAAGUAAAUAUUUUAUUGCUGCUGUAAUUCUUUAUUGGCUGCAUUUGAGUGUAUAAUUAAUUGGGAAAAUGUACUUUGAUGUACAGUUACAAAUAAAUUUUAACACAAUUAUAAUGAAAGAAUUUCACUGGAUUCUUCAAAGAAUUGUCUCAUAAUAUAAGCUACAGCAUUUUCUGGAACUGCAUUCCACUCUGGAUAAAAAUUAGGCGGCUUUGAUUUUAAUUCUGUGUAAGCUACACCACAUAGGAUGAUGUAGUUAAUGUUCAAAUGCCACUGGGCUGUAGAGUCAUGUUGGCAGCAGGCAGCACUGUGACAAGGGCUGCUGAAGAAUAUCCUGCUCUAUAAAUAGAUGAAACACAGUAAAAUUGUGUAUUUAACAUUGUCACCCUGGAUAAAGGUGUUGCCAAAAUAAAGGUUAAUAAUAAACUUUAUUAAGUCAUUGCAGAAUUUGAAUAUUGAAACACAGUGUUUCACUGGUACAAACCACUGGGUAAUAUGUAAACCAUGAGGAGGAGUAACAGUAUAAUAUGACACAUACAAUAAUGUCAGUAUGCAUAAUAUGAAAUGUGAUCCAUCUAACCUGAGAAACAUUUGGUACAUUUUAAUGAAUUUAUACAGAAAAAAAAAUUUUUUAUAACAGUACUGACAGAGCAAACAAACCCUCUUGUAUAGUAAAUGGACAUGUCACAUCAACCAUAAAAGUGCCUAAAUAAUUUUAAAUGUAAAAGUAGUGAUGUAUCAUGUAGAGGUACAGCAAAAAAACAUCCCAUCAUACAGAAAGCCAUUAAAACUACAAUAUUAAGAUAACAGUACCUUACUAUUAAAGGCCUCAGUCUUUUUUUUUUUUUU